AUCGGCUGGCGCGCUAUUUAAAAAGGACAGUGGUGUUUUUUCUCGCUGAGUAAAUUUCUUCGUUUUGACCGUUUAUUACGUAUCAAGACUACUGUUUUCACUUUAAUUGAAUUUCAGUUAAAGCAUUCGACUAGAGUAUCGUUUUUACCGCCUUUUAUAACCAGGUACGUAACCAAGGGUACAUAAGAGUACUCCACAAAUUGGACAAGAAUAUACGGUUAAGGAGGGAAGAAAUGUGUAGAGUAUGAGGAUCAAGUACAGUUGCGUCAAAUACUCUUUUCUGGUUUGAUUUAGGUAUGCAUGAUAUAUCGAAUCAAUAUUUCGUCAAUUCAUCCAAGUAACGAAUUUGGCGAGACUCUAAUUUAGGGACGAGCCAAUCAGAAGCGUUUGAGCAAUUUCAAUUAUUAGUCAAUCAGAAGACAACAUAAAGUAAAAAUAUAUUAAAAGAAAGUAAUAAAUUACAGUGGAUAUUCUUCUUUUACAUGAUUUAAAAACUCGUAUGUUAGCAUCCUAACCCUAACCUCAACCCUAAGCCCUAACCUUAACCCCAAACCCUAACACUAAACCCUCACGUAACUUUAAACCUUAACCCUAAACCCUCACCUAACCCUAAACCUUAACACUCAACUAACCCUAAACUCUAACCCAAUAGACGGGUUUCUACUCCAUAUGCAUUGUGAAUUCAGAACCUCUGAACUUUAAUCAAACCUUAACAAGUUUUUAAAUCAUGUAAGAGGAGAAUAUCCACUGUAAUUCAUUACUUUCAUAUAUUUUCACUUUAUACUAGCUUUCUUCUGAUUGGCUAAUGAUUGUCAAGGUCACUUAGGAUUCGUUCGAAGGUCGUCCUUAAAUUAGAGUCUCGCCACGAAUUUCUCUGCACCUUAGAAAUGUGUAAGUUUUAUUACUCAUUAGUAUUAUGAGUGAUAAAUCGGUGUAAGGAAAUAUUGAAAUCAUUACCUCGUAACCUAUUUAAAAAACACUGGUAUUUUUCCUCGCUGAGUAAAUUUCUUCGUUUUGAUCGUUUAUUACGUAUCAAGACUACUGUUUUCACUUUAAUUGAAUUUCAGUUAAAGCAUUCGACUAGAGUAUCGUUUUUACUGUUCUCUCAAUUAGUUUUGUCGUUGGUACUGUUGAGUACCUCUUUUUCAACUGUAUCUGUUAGUACUUUUGGUCCUAGCAAUCUACAGCUCUUCAAUUUUUGGUCAUUGAUUAUUUUUUUUUGUUUCUGAGUAUCAUCGCAUCUUGAAAAAGAACCCCUUCUAAAUGACCGGACAGUGUAAAAAAGCAGUUGCCAACGUCCGGGUUGUCGUUAUCCUGUUGAAAGCGGCAUGCAGUGCGACGAGUGCAAAGGCUGGUACCACGAAGUUUGCACGAACUUAACGCCUGCUGCUUUCAAACGGUUCAGUAAGAAGGGUUGUGUAUGGCUUUGUUAACAGUGCUGCUCGGAUGCAAACAGCUUGUUAACCGAAGCCAUCUCACCGGUUGAUGCUGCAAAAAAGUGUUUCAGCAAGCGUAGUCGGAACGCGUCAAACAGCACUCGAUCUGUCGACACGCAAAUCAACGUGAAGGAAACUAAGGUUAGUUCUAUGAUAGAUGACACGCCCGUCAAAGAAGGAAAAGCAGUCUUCAAAGGGGCCUGUCUUAAACAAAAGCUCAAGAAAAGUAGGGUCUUCUGUUCCCCGUCUCCCGGAUGGGAUCCAACAGGAAACACCUAGAAGCCGCACUCGCAAGGCUCGAUCGGUCUCAAGCGGUAAACAUAACCCGACCUCUCAGGUCGUUGACAACCCCCCAAAAUCCAACACUAGGUUUGAUGCAACUGUUAUUGCUUCUACCAGCACCGUUGACGAAUGGGUACAGGUUGUAAGGAAGAAAAGUAGGGAUAUAAAAAAGAACCCUGCCCCCGUAAAAGUAGUUGAAAAAUCGAAAGCUGAUCAUAGCGACAGAUCAGCUAUUUUUCAUAGAAUCAAGGAGAGCGAGAGCUCUGAACCUAAGGCUCGUUUUGAGCAUGACAUUGUACUGAUUAAGCAGCUGCUUAAUCAACUCAUGCCUCAAAAUAUGACCGGGGUCACCUUGCUAAAGGUGUACAGACUAGAGAGUCUAGCGGACUUGAAACCAAAUCAUUCCAGACUGUUUAAAGUAGUAUUCAACUCCUCGAACGAACGUGACCUAAUUUUACAAAAUGGACACAAAUUAAAGGGCUCAGGAGUGUUUAUCCGAAGGGACCUACCGUUGGCAGACCGUGUUAAAAGACGGAAGCCGAUAAAGAACUACAACUUAGGUUAGACGCUGGCGAAAAGGACUUGAAAAUUGUAAAUUUUCGGGUUGUAAGACUUCGACAGAGAAUGAUGCCGAAGCCACUCUGGGUGAAGCACGAAGGCACCUAAACAGGCUUCGGAUCUGUUACACCAAUGCACGAAGCUUACUUAAUAAGCGAUCGGAACUAGGUGUACAGAUUGACUCUACAAAGCCAGACAUAAUCGCAGUCACAGAAACCUGGCUGACACAGGCUAUAUAUAGUAUGGAACUUGAUUUCGAGGGUUUUACGGUAGUAAGGGCCGACAGAACACAAAAGCGCAAAGGAGGGGGAGUAGCUCUAUUCAUUAGGAAUGCUAUCCCAUUUGCCAUUAUCGAUAGUGUAUCCCAUGAGAGUGGGACGUGUGAAUUAGUUAGUUGCCGCUUGAAAUGCAAGGGACAAGAGCUGCUGAUUGGUUUGGUCUAUCGCAGUCCAAGCUGUGAGGCAAAUGAGAUCCUGUUAAGCAGUCUCAAUACUUGGUCCCAAAGUGGUCGAUGUCUAAUCCUAGGGGACUUUAAUGCACCUAUGGUAGACUGGGAAAAUCUGCGAACUAAAUCGUCGGAGAAUUCUUUCGAGCAGGAACUAGUUGAUGGGGUUAUCACAUGUUGCACUAGAGCACAUGUGAAAGAAGCGACAAGGUACGAUCCGGACACUGAAUCAUCCUUAUUAGAUCUUAUACUGACUCACUAUGAGGAUGAUGUUGCGAACCUCCAUCAUAUGCCACCCCUAGGUAAAAGUGAUCACGCAGUUUUAACUUUCGACUUCCAUAUAACUGCCAGUCACGGGCACGCAUCAGUCCAGUCCAGACCCAACGUCCGGAAAGCAAACAUACCAGACGUCUAGAAAAUUGUACGAAGAAAAACUUGUUAAGGAAUCCAUAGAAUGUCCUAAACGCUUGUAUUCCUAUAUAAACCAAAGGACAAGGAGAAAAGGAAAUAUUCCUGCUCUAUGGGGAGACAGUACUGCUUCAUCAUUAGUGGAGGACGACUUUGGUAAGGCUCAAGUGUUCUCGAACUACUUUAGCAACGUAUAUACCAUAGAAGCGCCCUUCCCGUCAGCGUAUACAGAUCCCCCCAUACAUACACUGGAUAGCGUGACCAUUAAAGAACUCGAUGUCUUUGGUCUGCUAAAUAAGCUUGACAUAGGUAAAUCCACGGGGCCCGAUGAAUUACAUCCUAGGCUACUGAAGGAAUUAUCGGCGAGACUCUAAUUUAGCGACGACCUUUGAACGAAUCUUAAAUGACCUUGACAAUUAUUAGUCAAUCAGAAGACAGCUAGAAUAAAGUGAGAAUAUAUUGUAAGUAAGUAAUGAAUUACAGUGGAUAUUCUUCUUUUACAUGAUUUAAAAACUUGUUAAGGUUUGAUAAAGGUUCAGAGGCACUGAAUUGAUAUUGCAUAUUGUAUAGAAACUCGUUCAUAGGUUUAGUGGUUGGGGCUGUAGCCUAGGGUUAGGGUGCUAACAUCCGAUCAGUUUACAACGGAUUUUAGAGGUUAGGGUUAGGGGUUAUGGUUAGGGUCACGGUGGGAUUGAGGCCUGUCAAAAAACACCUCUUCUCUAAAAUGCGAUGUAAACCGGUCGCAUGUUAGCACCCUAACUCUAACCUAACCCUUAACCCUAAUCUAACCCUAACCUUAACCUAACCCCAAACCCUAAUCUAACCCUAAACCCUAACCUUAACCUAACCCUGAACCCUAGUCUAACCCUAACAUUAACCCUAACCUUAACCCCAAACCCUAACCCUAUGGACGAGUUUCUAUACAAUAUGCAUUAUGAAUUCAGAACUUCUGAGCAUUUAUCAAACCUCAACAAGUUUUUAAAUCAUGUAAAAGAAGAAUAUCCACUGUAAUUCAUUACUUUCUUGUAAUAUAUUUUUACAUACACAUAGUUCCCUUUAUCAUUUUGAAAAGAGCAAGAACAAACAUUCUAGCAGAAUAGCAUGAAUUCAUUUUUUUAUUUCGUUGGUUCUCGUCAGCUGCUUACAACCUGUGAUAUUUAAAAUCAUAAUUAAUGGGUUUAAAUUACUUACAUAAAAGAGUUUGAUUGGAAGUUAUAUUAAAGACAUAUUCAUAUAGUAUAGCAAGGGUGUAAAUAAAUUCAAUAGACUGAAUAUUGUAAAUAUAUACCUUAUGUGAUGAAAGAACAUUGUGACAACAGUUCAAACGGUUAGAAACAAAUAAACCUUGAUAGGAAUAAAAUGAGUAGAGUUCAGUUGAUAAAAUAAAAUAAGAUAGUUGGAAUAAAACUCAAUGGUGUAAUAAAUGCAAUAAAGAGUUUAAGGGAAAAAAAAGAAAAAGAAAAAAAAAUUAAUAAGAUAUAACGAGGGAAUAUUAAUCACCAAGGCAAGGAAAGAUUAAUAACCAUCUCCUUUUGAACACAUAAAUCAGGCUUUUGGCGCCUGAUAGCAACUGCUUCAGCAAACUUCAGAAGACUGGAGUUUGGCUGCUUACUAAUCACCUUGAAUGAUUGUAGGGUAUCGACCUGAUGUCCUGUAUCAAGAAGAUGUUUAGUGAUUGCACUAUUUAGAGUCUUUCUUUCUCUUGUUCUGAGACUUUUUGGGACAUGUUCAAAAAAUCUGAGAUAUGCCCUCCUUUCUGUUCGGCCAAUGUAGCUGCUUUGGCAGGUACACGUAAAUUUAUAAAUACAAUUGGCGGUAACAUGAAAGGAUGCUUAUCAACUUUUGAUUGAGUUAUUGAGCAUGUUGUUUUAUACAGAAUUUGAAGUUUGGCCACCGGAUAAGUUCUGGCUAGCGCAGUAUUCAGUCUCCUGUUGAUUGUGUUUGUAACCUCGUCACCUUUGAAAUUAAGACUUAUAGUUAUUGGUUUUUAUUGACAGUAAUUACUUCAGUAUUGUUUUGUUUACGCUUCUUAUACUUGUCAAUAAACUUUUGUGGGUAAAAGUUGUCUCGCAGGCAUUUUUCCACUUUCAUCAAUUCUUCUUCGAGUUUGUCAGUGGUACAUAUCUUUUCUGCCCUAUAAAAUAGUGUUUUAACUAAUGCCUUCUUGUAACUGAGUGGACAAAAGCUAUUGAAAUUCAGGUAAAUGCCAUUCCAAGUACUUUUUCGAUAAAUCGAACGUUGAACUGUCCCGUCUCUCCUACGUUUUAUAGCAACAUCAAGAAAGUGGAACAUGUCAUUCUGUUCGUGUUCCAUAGUAAAUUGUAUGUUAGGAUGAGCGUUAUUGAAGUGUUUUAGCAUGUGGAUUGCAUGCUGUUUAUUGUUACAGACAAUAAACGUGUCAUCAACAUAUCUGGAAUAUUCCGUCGUUUCGCUGAUCGUCUGUUUAAGCACCAUGUUUUCAAGAUACCCGUCAGAUCGACGGCGUAGCAAUGGGAAGCCCACUAGGUCCAAUUCUGGCAGAUAUUUUUAUGGGGUAUCUUGAAAACAUGGUGCUUAAACAGACGAUCAGCGAAACGACGGAAUAUUCCAGAUAUGUUGAUGACACGUUUAUUGUCUGUAACAAUAAACAGCAUGCAAUCCACAUGCUAAAACACUUCAAUAACGCUCAUCCUAACAUACAAUUUACUAUGGAACACGAACAGAAUGACAUGUUCCACUUUCUUGAUGUUGCUAUAAAACGUAGGAGAGACGGGACAGUUCAACGUUCGAUUUAUCGAAAAGUACUUGGAAUGGCAUUUACCUGAAUUUCAAUAGCUUUUGUCCACUCAGUUACAAGAAGGCAUUAGUUAAAACACUAUUUUAUAGGGCAGAAAAGAUAUGUACCACUGACAAACUCGAAGAAGAAUUGAUGAAAGUGGAAAAAUGCCUGCGAGACAACUUUUACCCACAAAAGUUUAUUGACAAGUAUAAGAAGCGUAAACAAAACAAUACUGAAGUAAUUACUGUCAAUAAAAACCAAUAACUAUAAGUCUUAAUUUCAAAGGUGACGAGGUUACAAACACAAUCAACAGGAGACUGAAUACUGCGCUAGCCAGAACUUAUCCGGUGGCCAAACUUCAAAUUCUGUAUAAAACAACAUGCUCAAUAACUCAAUCAAAAGUUGAUAAGCAUCCUUUUCAUGUUACCGCCAAUUGUAUUUAUAAAUUUACGUGUACCUGCCAAAGCAGCUACAUUGGCCGAACAGAAAGGAGGGCAUAUCUCAGAUUUUUUGAACAUGUCCCAAAAAGUCUCAGAACAAGAGAAAGAAAGACUCUAAAUAGUGCAAUCACUAAACAUCUUCUUGAUACAGGACAUCAGGUCGAUACCCUACAAUCAUUCAAGGUGAUUAGUAAGCAGCCAAACUCCAGUCUUCUGAAGUUUGCUGAAGCAGUUGCUAUCAGGCGCCAAAAGCCUGAUUUAUGUGUUCAAAAGGAGAUGGUUAUUAAUCUUUCCUUGCCUUGGUGAUUAAUAUUCCCUCGUUAUAUCUUAUUAAUUUUUUUUUCUUUUUCUUUUUUUUCCCUUAAACUCUUUAUUGCAUUUAUUACACCAUUGAGUUUUAUUCCAACUAUCUUAUUUUAUUUUAUCAACUGAACUCUACUCAUUUUAUUCCUAUCAAGGUUUAUUUGUUUCUAACCGUUUGAACUGUUGUCACAAUGUUCUUUCAUCACAUAAGGUAUAUAUUUACAAUAUUCAGUCUAUUGAAUUUAUUUACACCCUUGCUAUACUAUAUGAAUAUGUCUUUAAUAUAACUUCCAAUCAAACUCUUUUAUGUAAGUAAUUUAAACCCAUUAAUUAUGAUUUUAAAUAUCACAGGUUGUAAGCAGCUGACGAGAACCAACGAAAUAAAAAAAAUGAAUUCAUGCUAUUCUGCUAGAAUAUAUUUUUACUUUGUACUGUCUUCUGAUUGGCUAAUAAUUGAAAUUGCUCAAACGCUUCUCAUUGUCUCGUCCCUAAAUUAGAGUUCCGCCGUCCCAUCUGUUUUAACCUCUCACUAAGCACCUCCUCUUUAAAAUCCGCUGUGAACCGACCGUAUGUUAGCAUUGCGUGUUGAACUUGGCUCCGUGACCUUGAAAUGGCUCAAACGCUUCUGAUUGGCUCGUCGCUAAAUUAGAGUCUCGCCGAAUUAUCUAACUUCGUUGCAAGCCCUUUAAGUACAUGCUUUAAUCUAUCCGUUACGCAGGGUCGUUUACCAAAAGACUGGAAAAACGCCAUAGUAAGUCCUGUUUUCAAAACAGGUACGAAACACAAACCUGAGAAUUACCGCCCCGUUAGCCUAACUAGUGUGGUUGUUAAAAUCUUAGAAAAGAUUAUUCGGAAGGAGCUGUUUAAGUAUCUCGAUAAAAACCGGAUCCUCUCGGAGAAGCAGCACGGCUUCAGAAUAGGUUAUUCUUGUCUCACUAAUUUAUUAGUGGCUCGUGAAAGCUGGUGCGCUCUUAAGGACCAAAAGCUACCUGUAGACGUCGCCUUCAUUGAUUUCAGUAAAGCUUUUGACAAAGUUCCGCGCAACCGGCUGAUAUAGAAGUUAAGAAAUGUCGGGAUUGGAGGCAAUUUAUUGAUGUGGAUAAAAGACUUCUUAAUUGGGCGUCAACAAAGAGUAAGGGUGAACUCAAAGUUAUCUAGCUGGGAAACUGUGCUUAGUGGAGUGCCCCAGGGUACAGUUUUGGGGGCAGUGCUAUUCCUCUUGUAUGUAAAUGACCUUCCUCGUCUCCUAUCAUCAUCGGUCUUGCUAUAUGCUGACGAUGUCAAGAUAUGGAGAACGAUACGAUGUAAGAGUGAUAGCUUAGAACUUCAAAAUGACCUGAAGAAAAUAUCUGAGUGAUCUCAAACCUGGCAGUUGCCGAUAAAUACUUCCAAGUGUGUUGUGAUGCAUAUCGGUCAUCAAAGUACAGAUACAUACAAGAUGAAUAACACUGAGCUACCUGUCGUUCAGACAUAUAAUGACUUAGGAGUUAUCGUUAGUCAAGACUUAAAGACUACUGCACACUGCCGUGCAAUAGCCGUCAAAGGUUUUAGAACCUUAUGGUCAAUACGUAGAGCUUUUAGUCAUGUCGACGCUAAGACGUUUUUGACUUUGUAUACAGUGUUCGUUCGUCCUAAACUUGAGUGCUGCAUACAAGCGGCUAGUCCCUGCUUAAAAAAAGACAGUGAGCUUCUGGAAAACGUUCAGAGAAUGGCGACUAAGCUGAUUCCCGGAAUAGCGAAGCUUCCGUAUGAAGUUCGACUGGCCAAACUGAACCUUUUCCCGUUGUCAUAUCGCAGAACUAGAGGCGAAUUGAUUACAGUCUACAAACUGCGUAGUGAUAAAUUUGCACCUGAUAUACCCUCACUUUCCUUGUCUUCCAAAACAGAAAACUUACGAGGACACUCCAAAAAAGUUCAUAAGCCGAGAACAAAUUACUUGUCAGCUGACUAUCGACUUUCCCAUCGAAUCGUCAACAAGUGGAAUUCACUACCUCAGCACGUGGUUGAGGCUCCAUACGUCGACUCUUUCAAAAGAAAGCUGGAUCAACUGAGAGACCACCAUUGUCAGGACUAACAUAGGCCAUCGAGCCUCCCGUCCUUCCCAAACUGAAACUGUAUGGUGAACCUAUAUCUCCAGAACAAUUGGUUAUCCGAACAGAUGCUGUUAUGCAAGAAUAUAGACAAUCCAGGUGGGUUUUGUGUUCCUAUCAGUUUUGCAUUUAUAUCGACAAAAGUUAGCGAACCAACUGGUUACAUCAAUGUUUAUGCUUCAUAUCGAAUUAUAGAUAUAGUAAUUAGUUACACUCAACAGACAAAUAUUAUGUAUACUUAUGUAAUGUGACCCUAUAGCAGAACAUCUAUAAAUUUCCCACAUCAUUGCUAUCUAUAUCACCGGAAUAGAAUUCACUGACGAUUUUGAUCUAGUUUCCCCUUGACUCUUGCGGCUGAAGUUAUUCACUAUGAAGUCCUAGGUUCAUGCUCCAUGCUGAAUAGCACUCGCGAACAAAAUGUACCUUCAAUCUUAAAGUAACUUAAGAUCGUAAAGCCAACCUAGUAUAUAAAUCCAUAAUUGCCAGUGAUCUGUUUGGGCUACUACUAUAUUCCACGCUGUCCAUAUUAAUGGUUUUUGUAACUAAACACAAUUUAAUUAACUCCUGUCUUUUCUUUAGUCAUAUGUCCGAAAUAAUUUCAUAGUCCAAGGCAAAUAAAUCACGUGAAAUGACUAAUAUGUUGAUGCUAACUCGAAUAAAUUCAUACGUCGAGUGAAAAUAGAUAACAUAGAUCAAAAGAAACAAUGUAGUCAUAGAUCGGGGUAAAUGUUUGGUCAAAAAUUUCAACUGCCUCUGUGGAGCAGGUUACAUUAGUUGAGGUUUUAGUGACUUGCAUUCCCGUGUCCGUGAAUACUAUCCAACCCUGUCUCAGAAGAGGUGUAGUCAAGGUAGUAAAUAGCUUACUAUUGGUUCAUUUAGUUCAGACUAGUCAUAGCGCCUAGGCAAACCAAUCAUUCUCAACAGUUUGUCGUGUUAGUGAUUGUCUUUCUUAAUUUUACAGACUUGAAGUUCCUCGCCGUAAAACCAACAGUAAAUCAGGUUUAAAAAUCGCUGGGGCUAUGUUAACAAAGGAAUUAAUUAAGUGAAUCUUUGAUUACACUCAUCGAUAUGGACAGGAAAUGAGAGAGAUGAAGCGGAGAAGAGAGAGCGUAGCAGAACGAAAAGAUGCGCAGUGGAGAUUGCGAGUGAGUCAAAUCAAUUUAAUUAAGUGAAUCUUUGAUUACACUCAUCGAUAUGGACAGGAAAUGAGAGAGAUAAAAUGGAGAAGAGAAAGCAAAGUGGGACGAAAAGAUACGCAGUGAAGAUGGCGGGGUAAUGAAGAUUUACAAAAUUGACACUAUCCCUAAAUUAUAAUUCAGAUCUCUUAAACCAGAAGUAAACCAAUGGGAGACACAACCAAAACAAAGGAGUAAACAAUGACAAAUUUAAGGUCAAUAAGAAUCAAUCAACGUCGAGUUGUACAGAACAAGCUGUGAAAAGCGUAUGGAGAAAUUCGAACACUUCACUUCUAUCUGAAGUUUGUGCUGCUAAUGAUGUCGUUCAGAAGAACGAUGAAAUCUGCACGAUCAAGCCAUCCAGCUCAGAGAACAAACCUCCAUCAAAACCAGAAAUAAACUUUAAUUUAGUGUCACUAGAUUUCAUGAAUCAAUUAAUCCGAAAGAGAUUCGAAUGUUUGUUUAAAACAUCCUGCUGAGAUUCUUACUAUCAGACGUUUAAAACUUAUAUUAAUGUGUUCAAAAGUAGAUGAUUAUUGAAUCGUUUUCUGUAUUGGUUAUACAAAAAUUUCUUCAUGAAUGAAUAUGUUCCGAGAUAGUGCACAUUGACAAUCCUUCACACAAAACUCAAACACAGAAUGUUGGUGUUGGGAUAUUCAGGAAAAUAUCCCGAAAAUUAUUCUAUUAAGUCUAAUGCUAUUAUUGGACUUGAGAUGGUAUCAUUUUCCCUGUUGGUCAAUACUUAUUUCACGUGUCAAAUGUUAUUUUCUAUUUGAUGGUGCGAUGUGGUCUGCUUGAUUGGUAUAUAAACAGAGUAUGCUUGAAAUAUAACGAUUCAUAUUUCAGAGGCUGAGACUUGCAUUCUGGACUCAACUGGCUGGGUUAGACAGGAAGCAGGGCCAAUCAGAACUCUAGGCCGUUCUUACGUGUUUACGCGUUUUUGGUCCGACGAAUAAGUCACUGUCCUCUAAUCUGCAGUCACAAAUUACAACAGUUAGUUCUAUGUAUGCUAAGAAUAUCUGCAUGUAACAAAGGUUACAACAAUAAUCUAUAGGUCAAAAUGAAGCUUAUAAUAAGAGAAAUAUAGAUAUGCAUAAUGUAAUUAUUGAAUAGUUAUACCAUAAGGAUAUAUAGAUAAUAUUAGUCCAUUGAUAGGUCUCAGAGGUUACCUGUAACUUAAUCUUUACUAGAUUAUAACAGUCAUCAUACAGUGAAAUCGAUAGUACUGAAAGUAUGAAGUGUUAAAUUCUAUUUUUGUAUAUUACAGAUGUUGUGAACAGGGAAACAAGAAGCCUUGACAAAUUACGAAAGCUAUUUUUCGGGACGUUCUUUCAUUUUAUUCAAAGCUUGUAAAACACUGACAUUUAUUCUUGUCCCUAAUGUAUUCUACUGAAUGUAAGCUUUCGUUCGAUGUAUGAUUCAUUGCCAUAACCCUUUUUUUGUUCCGUAGCUAUUGUAAUUUAAGCAUCAUAUUUUGCACCUUAUUUUCUACUGUAAUUCCCAGCUUUAGACAUAAUUGUAUUUUUCCUAAUUAUUGUACGUUGUGGUCGGGUUAUUCACCUAUUUAUUCAUGUACUUUUUUCACACUAACUGAACUAAACUGACAUUAGGAUAUGGGGAAUAGAUCGAGUAGUGUUCCAGUUGUCUUGUCUUCUCUCAUUUGCGUGCUUGUCAGCCAAUCAGGUGAUAGAAUAGUUUUCUUCUUCCUACCCCACUUCGAACUCACGCGUACUGGCCUCAAAGUCAGGCCGGUUAGCCCAUCGCGCCAAGGUCUUAAUCUGGAUUAGAUAAGUAUCCUCAGCAGCAAAAUUGGGUAGACAGACCAAAGGACAAAACAAUAG